UACUGCUACUGGUUGCGGUCAUCUGCAAAUGACAACUGACAGGGAGGAAUAGCAGGCAUUUAAGGCCUUUAGCAUGUGCAGCUAUUGGCUGCUGAGGGGUGACGCCCUCAUAUUUAAUGAGGGGGGAAGGGAGCCAUAGAGUGACGUGUAAGUGACUCGUGUUAGGUCUUCCUUAUUGAACUUGCGCUAAAGCUUUCAUCUGUCGGCAUCAUUACAGUUUGCUCACAGAUGGUGAAUGAAAAAAUGCAAAGAAAGAGUCAUUACCAUGAUACCUACAUCAAUGAGAUUUUAAAAAAGAUUGAUGAGAGCCUGUAAAACAAUCAGGAAGUUGGAACAGACAUCACUUUUGAAGUCUCUCUGAAACAGCACAUCUGUGCAGACGCAGCCAGAAGGUUUCAGAGAAUGCAUCAAGAUUUCAUCCAAAAGAAGGAUCCCUACAGAUGUCUGAACGAAAACAAAGGAAAGUUUCUUGCUGAUUUCAAAGAUGUGUUCCAUAAUGUAGACCAGUGCCAGAAGAAGGCAGAAGAAUUCACAGACCGAUGCUUGAAGCCUGCAGUCGAAGACUUUGUCAACCGUUCCCUGGGUCCUGAUAUCAUUGGUGAAAUGAGGACAAGUGAGCAGUUCAGCACAAGAAUGUCCUUCCAGUAUUCAGUUUUACUGGAUCUGCUCUCAGAGGAUACAUUUGAAAAGUAUCAGAGCUUUAUUUCCUCUUAUGAGAAUUAUGUGAAGGAAUGGAUACUCAACAAAAUAUUGGAACGCUUCUCAAAUGGGUCUACGGUGUUUGAGGAACAACAUCUCCAGUCAUGUGUCAACAGCAUGAAUAAUGCUAUCCAGAAAGCUAAAACAGAAAAGAGUGGCAACAUAAAGUCAUUUGUUGAAGUUAUCUGUCAGGAACUUGUUGACAAACUGGUCAUUUCCCAGGAUGCUCUUGGGGCAUUCAUGACCCUGAACAAGGCCGACCAGGAACAGUUUGCUCACUGGCUCACUGAGUGUGUGACGGAGAUGGCACAAACUCUUAGAGAGAAGUUUAAGAAAACAGACAUCCAAACUAAACUACAGAGCCUUCAUGUGAAUCCUCAGGACGAGCUUUUCAACACACUGAUUGGAUGUGGUGAACAAUGUCCGUUCUGCAAAGCGCCCUGUGAGGCAGGAGGAACAGCCCACACUGAGCACUUCGCUUCACUUCAUCGACCACAGGCUCUGGGUCGAUACAGAUGGAGUAAUACCAACAAACUUUGCAUUGACAUAUGCUCUUCCCUAGUAAACAGUGACAUUUCUUUUCUCUGCAUUGAAAGGGAAUAUCAAUCGCACCCUUACAAGGGCUACAAAGAAAUGUAUCCGGACUGGAAAAUCCAAGCAGAUGCAAGCCUUCAGGCAUCAGACUACUGGAAAUAUGUAAUGGCAAAGUUCAAUGAUGAGUUUGCAGCAGCAUACGUUGCAAAGCCUGCUGAUAUUCCUGAAGCUUGGAAAGAAAUCACACCAGAGCAAGCAGAGGCAAGCCUCAAAGAGUCAUUUCUUGUCAUAUGAGAAACUACAAGCUCACAGAGGGUCACGUCCUCCUCAUUACAGUCAGCAUCCUCUCAUGGACAUUUAGAUUACACUUGAUUUAUAUGAAGAGAAGCACACAAAGUAACAUGCUGUUUAUGAGAUGGCAAGGUUGACCAAAUAUUUCAACAACUGACAAGGAAUUUGUAAACAAUUCAGUUUGAUUAAAUCAAACUUUGAAUCCUUCUUUUUUGGUUGUUAUUGUAGUAUCAAUUAAUCAAAUUUGAUUUGAUUGAGUGUUUUUAUUUCCGAUGCGAAAAUAUUUGCUUUUAUGUUUUUUUGUGGUUUCGUCAUAAACAUAUUAACAAUUUCAAUGUUUUAAAAUAUCAUUAAUUCUUCAUGUCAACAUGAAGAUUAUACAAUGUCUUUAUUUUUAUUUCAAAUAAGUAUCUGAUUCUUAUUAUUUACAUUUUUAUUGACUCAUUCAGAAUGGUUGUCUUUUCUUUUCUGAGCUGCAUCAAAAGCCACACAUUUAGAUGUUUAAAUCAGUGAAUGAAUCAUUGUGUUUUAGUGGUGGUACAGUCAACAUGUAAACAUGACAGAAAGUCUGUUGUAAUCAAGUUCAGUUUGACAUGUGACCGUUUCCCAGAGUUAGAAUAUAUUCUUAUUUUUGUUUCAUAUAUAUGUUUAACAGAUCAUUCAAUCUAAAUGUCAACAUGUAGAUUACACAUGCAGUUUCUUCUUACCUUUUUGAGUGCUAAAUGUCAUUUUCUUACCAAAAACCUGAAAUCUUUGUUUUUGUUCCAAUUAAGAAUUUAGUUAAAAAAUAUUUACAUUUUAAUGUUCAUGUUGUACUUUUUAUUCAAAAUGUGUUAUGCUAGUUUUCAUUUUGGGAUGCAUCAAAUGCCACAUUUUAACAUGUUUAAAUCAGUUAAAAGAUCAUUUAGUUCAUAUUUAGCAUGUCAACAAGUAGACAUGAUAAAAAACCUUUGAAUCAAGUUAAGGAUGAUAUGUGAUUGUUUUCCAGAAAGUUAUAUCUAUUAGAUUUUGUCAAUUUUUAAUGUUUUAAAUAUAUUCCAGUCUAAAUGUCAACAUGUAGGUUAUCCUUCAGGUUGUUUUUCUUACCUAAACAAGUAUGAUAUGUAACUUUCUUUGCUACAAAUCUGUAACAACUUUUUUUUCUUUCAACUAAGUACCUGAUAUUAUAUAUUUACAUUUAUUUAUCACUUAAAAGAUCAUUCAAUAUAAAAGUGCUAUUUUCGUUUUUUUUAGCAUCAUAUACAAUCUUUAUUUUACUCAGAAUUUCUAAUCUUUUGUUUCUGUGAAGUAUCUGAUUCUACAUAUUUACGUAAUAAAAAAUAGCAUUCAUUCUAUAUAUUGUUAACAUGUAUACUUUACUAUUUCAAUAAAGAGACCAAAUCUGCA